CUCUGAACUGCCAGCUCGGAGCCUGUCUCAGGGCUUGAACCCGUGAACUGUGAGAUCAUGACCUGAGCCAAAAUCAGGAGUCGGAUGUUUAACCAGCUGAGUCACCCAGGAGCCCCUCAUCCUGUCCCUUUGAGCUAAAUUUGACCUUUUUCAGUCCCUGUACUCACCAGGCUUUCUUUUUUUUGCAAGGCCUUUGCACAGGCUCUUCUCACCAUCUGGAAUGUUCUUCCUUUCCCUCGCUUGCAGCUGAUGUCUGUUUAUCCUUUACAUCCUUUACCCCCAAGCUUCUUGAGAAAGUUAUUUUGCAUCCUCCCGGACAAGGUGACACCUUCUUAUGAAAUCUUUUUAUUCGGUCUUGUAACUUCUUGCUGGCAGUGGUCACAGCUGUGGCUUUGCGUCUGUCCAUGAGAUUGGUUGGAAGCCCCCUGGAGAAGGCACGGGUUCUGGUUUUCUUCCUGCUUGCCUUUCCGGUUCAUGCCUGACACCUGCCUUACUUCUCUGACCCUUUCCCAUGACCUGCUCCCUGAGCACAAUGGCCUUUGCCCUGCUGCUCCUUGAAUGCUCUAAACGCCCUAUCUCAGGGUUUUUGUACCUGGUAUUUCUUCUGCCCAGACCCACUGCUUUGACCUCCUGCUCCCUCAAGACUAGGCCUUUUUAGAUGUUACCUCCUCAGAGAAGACUUCCCUCAGCACCCUAUGUGAAGUACCCCCCCCCCCACACACAGUGAGAUCACUUUGUUUCCUUUAUGACAACUGCACAUAUCAUUAUCAUUUCCUGUACUUGUUUAUUGUGUGUCUCUUCCCACUAGACUGUAAGCGUGCUGAGAGCAGAGGCUCUGUCUCUUCCGGCAGCUGAUCCCAGCCCCUGGAAUGGUGCUGCAGGAGGCAUUCGGUGAAUACUUUGUUGAAUGAACGAACGAACGAACAUAUUCAGCACAUAUACACACGUACAGCCCGUGUCCUAACUUCUGUGCACCAGCCUGUAAAAUCCAUGUGCUUAGCCUAGAAGUUUUUUUUUUUUCUAAUUGAUCAAAGUAAUACUAAUGAUAAGCACGAUAUAAAAAUUAGCCAUGUGCUAUGGGCACUGUUCUCUGAGCACUUUCACAUACGGUAACUCGUUUAAUCCCUGUUUCACAAAUGAAGAAUCAGCAGCACAGAGAGAUUAAGUAAAUUGCUUAAGGUAACACAGCAAAAAAGUGGCAGAACCAAGAUUCAAAUAUAGCUAGUCUCGAUGUGUGCCCUUAACCGUUAUGCUAUGUGGCCCCUCGAAAAAGAAAAAAAAAAGGCUAAAAGGGGUAGGUCAGAAUCCCUAGGACAGAGUCUUACCUUCACGGAGCAGGAAUGGAUAUCCUUGAGGCUCGCACCUCUUCCUUCAGAUCUCUGCUCAGAUACCACCUUCCAGAGCAGCUAACUGAUCACGAGCACCUCAUGGAAACAGUCUUCCCGCUCCCACCCCCUGCCCACGUUCCUGAUAUCCUGCCCCCCCCCCCUCCCCGCCCAGUGCUUAUCACCACUCGAUGUAUCUGUUCAUCUCCCCUCCUUAGAAUGUGAAGUGCAUGACAGUGGGGCCUUUGGCUCUUCUGCGUUGCUGUUGAAGCCCCCGUGCCUAGAGCAGGGACCGGGGGGGUGCAGUCAGCACUCUGCGUAUUCGCCGGGGGAGUGAAUGCUCACUGCUCUUUCCAAAACCAACCAGAUUCUCUUGGCAGCCAGGUGGAUACGUGCCCUGUCCGCCAGCUGCUUCCCCUUCAUGUUGUGCUGCGUGAGGCUUUUUAGCUAGACUUUACGGCCUCGCUCCCUCACUUCUCCCCCAUGCUUCUACUUCCGCUGUCAUUAAACCCGGCUGCUGUUUGGAGGCUGUUAAGGUGUCCUGUUACCCACCCGUUCUCCACAUCGAGGCGAGAGAGUCGAGUGAGAGCAAGAGUGGCUUUGGUGUUGAUGGCUUGUCUGUUUCUACAAGCCUCUCUCGUCCUGCCUGCGGAGGAAAAGUCGGCUGAAGUUCGGGAUCUGAGCUGCGUGAGAACGUUUCGUAGCCAGAACUGCCGUACCUUAUCCGUGGCUUUUCAUUUCAAGUCUGUUGUCCAUUCGUACGAGUUGUGAAACAUGGCUGCUUCUUUCUGUUAAACAACAAGGAGAAUGACUCUGCCUUCUCUGAUUUUUUUUUUUUACCUAGUUCAUAGUCCUCUUUCUUACUUUAUCCCCCGAGAUCAUCCUGUAUUUGUUUUUGUGUUUUAGGAAAUGCCCUAACAGAUCGGCUCCUUAAAGAUGUUUAUACACAUUUUGACCAUGCCAUUUAAAAUUUUGUCUUUUCUCAGUGCAGGCUCUUCAGCAAAAGCCCUUGUCAGUUUAAAAGAGGGAAGCUUAUCUAACACACGGAAUGAAAAGUACAGCUCUUUACAAAAAACACCUGUUUGGAAAGGCAGGAACACGGGGUCUACUGUGGAAAUGCCUUUCAGAAACUCAAAGCGAAGUCGACUCUUUUCUGACGAAGACGACAGACAAAUAAAUACCAGGUCCCCUAAAAGAAACCAGAGAGUGGCGAUGGUCCCGCAGAAAUUUACAGCAACAAUGUCAACACCAGAUAAGAAAGCCUCACAGAAGAUUGGUUUUCGAUUACGUAACCUACUCAAGCUUCCCAAAGCACAUAAAUGGUGCAUAUAUGAAUGGUUCUACUCAAAUAUAGAUAAACCACUUUUUGAAGGCGAUAAUGACUUCUGUGUAUGUCUGAAGGAAUCUUUUCCCAAUCUAAAAACAAGAAAGUUAACAAGAGUAGAAUGGGGAAAAAUCAGGCGGCUUAUGGGAAAACCACGGAGAUGUUCUUCUGCAUUUUUUGAGGAAGAGAGAUCAGCAUUAAAACAGAAACGGCAGAAAAUAAGACUCUUACAACAAAGGAAAGUUGCAGACGUUUCCCAGUUCAAAGAUCUCCCAGACGAAAUCCCUUUGCCCCUGGUUAUCGGAACCAAAGUUACAGCACGAUUACGUGGUGUUCAUGAUGGUCUCUUCACUGGACAAAUAGAUGCCGUGGAUACUUUCAAUGCCACUUAUCGAGUCACUUUUGAUAGGGCAGGGCUCGGGACCCACACCGUCCCUGACUACGAAGUCCUGAGUAAUGAGCCCCACGAGACGAUGCCAAUUGCUGCCUUUGGACAAAAACAGCGGCCUUCUCGGUUUUUUAUGACGCCACCACGGUUACAUUAUACUCCUCCUCUCCAGUCACCGAUUACGGAUAAUGACCCUUUACUAGGACAGUCACCGUGGAGAAGUAAAAUUUCUGGCUCUGACACUGAGACGUUAGGCGGUUUCCCCGUGGAGUUCCUGAUCCAAGUGACCAAAUUAUCGAAAAUCCUCAUGAUUAAAAAGGAACAUAUCAAAAAAUUAAGGGAAAUGAACACCGAAGCAGAAAAAUUGAAGUCCUACUCCAUGCCCAUCGGCAUCGAGUUUCAGCGGCGGUACGCGACCAUCGUCCUGGAGCUCGAGCAGCUGAACAAGGACCUCAACAAAGUCUUGCACAAAGUCCAGCAGUACUGCUAUGAGCUCGCUCCGGACCAGGGCCUCCAGCCCGCAGAUCAGCCAACAGACAUGCGGCGAAGGUGCGAGGAGGAAGCCCAGGAGAUCGUGAGGCACGCCAACUCCGCCGCCGGACAGCCCUGUGUCGAAAAUGAAAACCUGACGGACUUGAUCUCCAGGCUGACGGCUAUCUUAUUACAAAUUAAGUGUCUAGCAGAAGGAGGAGACCUGAACUCCUUUGAAUUCAAAUCACUCACAGAUUCACUAAAUGACAUCAAGAGGACAAUAGAUGCUUCUAAUAUCAGCUGCUUCCAGAACAACGUGGAGAUCCACGUCGCGCACAUCCAGAGCGGCCUCAGCCAGAUGGGGAACCUGCACGCCUUCGCCGCCAAUGACACCAACAGGGACUGAGCGGAAGACGUCGCGGCUCCGGCCGCGGGGGACCCGCUUCGGAGUGUUCCCCCCCCUCCCCCGGCUCCCAACCCCGACUUACGAGUUACGGGUCCCGGGACGCGGGGGAGGCCGAAGCUCCAAACGAGGCACUUGAGGACCCUGGGCCGCCUGGCCCUGCGCCGCUGACCAGCUUCGUGCUUCUUUGCCUCUUCCCGUCCGGCUGCAGCAGCAUCGCUUACGGCACCUGCUCGGGGGCGGGUAUCUUUCGGCUGAAAACGUCCGAACGCUUUUUUUAACCGCAUGAACUCAGCCCGACACACACGCAGGCGGCGCCCGCCGCGGAGAGCACGAGACACGGCCUUGAGGCGGGUGGCCCGUGGCCGUGUGGCGGCGCCAGCGGGGAAGCGACGGCCCGGGCUCCCGCAGCAGCCGCGCACCCUUGGGUCGUUGACAGAGCGCGCCCUCGAGGCGCGGAGGCCCGGUCUGCAGGAAGCCGCUGGAACGCGGGUGGGAGACGCGGGCUGGGCCAGCAGACGGGAUGGACGGAGCGCGACCUGGGCCUGCACGUCAUUUUCUAGUAAUAAAUAUUUUAAUUUAUCAUAAUUUAUAAAAGAAACCUCUGUUGUUCGUCUGUCGAAAGAGAAUGAAGGAGCAGGAAACAAAAGUGCUCGCAAAAUGGCUACAUUUCGGCAAGUGGAUUUGGUGGGCCUUUUCCCCGCCACGUCAGGGCAAAAAGUGCUGUGAUGAAAUGUAUUUCAGAAGACUGACGACACACUAUUUUCAUAUUUUGUUUAUUUGCACAACUCGAACCAGAUUCCUGGUUAAAAUCCAACCGUACACGAUUUAUAAAGUCAAAAGAUUUUAUAAGGAAAACGCAUAUAAUAACCAGUGCAACGAAAUGCAGAAAAAAAAAAGGUUUGUAUUCGGUCGUGGGGUUUUUUUGGUUGUUUUUUGUUGUUUUUAAAGGAAAACCCUGCCUACGAUGUUAAUCUUGUACGAAGUGUGUAUUUGGAAUUUUCUUUGUUUUAAUAUAGAAUAUUAUAAAGUCAAAAGAUAAUAAAAUUGUUUUCAGAUUUGGAGUUUAAGGUAUAGCUGUAGAGGUGACUUUGAUUCUUUUAGCUGUCCCAUAAAAUAGGACUUUUUAUAUGUUGAUGUAUAAUAAGACUAAAACCAGAUUAUUUUCCAUUUGAAAGUUUUGUAUAGUUUAAAAAUGCUUCCCUAUUCUUUGUUGGUCUUGUGCCACUGCAAACCUUUAGUGCAGAGUUUAUAUUUAGCUAAACAGUUAUGUUAAUUAAGAAAUGCAUAAAUCCUUUAUUCUUAAUAUUUGUAAUUCUAAAUAAAUUGAUCUAUGAAAAGUA